CUGUGCAGGAGGAGCGCGACUCCGACGUACUUUCGCCACCAAGCGGCUUCGUCCAGUGUUCAGCUCAAAAGUUUUUAACAACAAUUCGCUUCCGGAAACAGCGGAAGAAAGUCAGAAUCCGACCCGAGGCGAUUAGAUCUUCUUGGGAGAGGAAUUCAGUUGUGUUCUGCACCUGAAAGGUCCAGUUUGGUGGAAUGUUUAAAAGACUGGAACCAAAUUGGAGGUUGUGAAUUGAGUUUGCUGAGUGGAUUGGACAGCAAGAUGUCAAAGUGGAUCACCAUCGGUGGACAUUCUCAUGAGUUGGAGACUUAACACGGACAUUGGGUAGCCUCAUGAGUUGAAGACUUGAUGCAGAAAUUAGUCCGGCUCAGAAUAAUUGCGUUUUGAACAUUCUGCAAUUACCUUCCGUGGCCCACACUUCGUAAGGAGGAGAUUGUUGCAGUCGGUGACCCUCUUGGUGAAUGCGGCAUAAUGUCCAAACAGAUGGAGUUGAUCAACUUGUCAUUCCUGACAGAUAAAGAGAAUGAAGCAAUCAUGAACGUUCUCAUCCGUGAUGCGCAGUUGAGGAAACUGGAGGAUAAGCGAAUAAGAAAGUUGAAGAAUGAGCUGCUGGAAAUUCGGCGUAAAGGAGCCAAACGUGGCAGCCUGGACUACAGUGACAAGACUUGUGCUCGCUGUCAAAAGAGCCUUGGUCGCUUUGUUAAGAGUGGGCGUGUGUGCAAGCAGUGUAACCACCUGGUGUGCAAGGAGUGUGGCACUGAAGGUGUAAACCAAAUAUGGAAAUGCAACGUAUGCAUCAAAGAGUCAAAGUUGAAGAAACAGACUGGAGAUUGGUUCUUUGAAAAUCGAACAAAAAAGCACGGCAUUGAUUUUGGUAGUGAUAUUAUAAGAGCAUCACUAAAGAAGAAACAUGGGGAUGGUAAGCGAGGGACGGCAGGGCAGGCAUUGCUACAACAGGCACUGGCGGUUGAGGCAAAGGAAAUUACUGAGGCAAAGGCACAGCAGAAAAUUUCUCAAUAUGGAGGCAAGGUUUCUGGUGACCAGUCUGAAGCCCGAGAGGCUUCUGAUCAUCCAAGCGAUACAGAGUCCACUGGGCGUGUGAGUGUCGGCAGCCACAACAAUCCACAAUUUGCCUCAAAUCACAGCACACCUAACAAUUCCAGGCGGAGUUCCUUAACUGAGAGUAACCUCGGUAAUGGGAUUGUCCUUCCCAUUCCCAGAGUCGUCAUAGGCAACAUGACUCUUCCAGCCACGUCAACGCCAAUGGCCAUCAGCAAAGCCAACAUGAAAGCUGACUCAGAUAACGAAACUCGCAAAAAAAUGCACGGCAGAAUUUCAGCGGAUGAAAAUGUUUCAGAAGGCACGUUUAAGAGAAAUGCAAAAUCUAUUCUAAAUCCCACAGAUUACAGUAAAUCAGUGAUGGAUCUCCGCGUAUCGGAUUCUGCUAACAAAGAGGAUUCCAUGGGAGACCGCAGUCGGUCAGUUCCAGGUCUCAAUGUGGAACAGGAUGAGGAGGAAGAGGAUAUUGAUAAACUGGUGACAAUCCACCGUUUGACAAAUCCUCGUCAUAGUCUCAAGAGUGGAAGUUCUGUGAGUACAAUGGGGAGCAUGGCCAGCAUCUACAGUGAAGCAGGUGACUUUGGCAAUGUUACAGUCACAGGGGAGAUCAUCUUCUUCCUCCGCUAUGACCAAAAGAAACAAGCACUUAAUGUACACGUGAAGGAAUGCUGCAACCUGGCUUACGGGGAUGAGAACAAGAAGAAAUCAAACCCCUAUGUGAAGUCUUACCUGUUACCAGAUAAAUCACGGCAAAGUAAACGCAAGACUACAAUUAAACGCAACACAACCAGCCCUAUCUACAAUGAAAUCUUACGGUAUGAAAUCAGUGAGUCGCAGUUAAUUAUGAGGACUUUGCAACUUUCUGUAUGGCACCAUGACCGCUUUGGGCGCAAUAGUUUCCUGGGAGAGGUGGACCUCUCGCUGGACGUUUGGAAAUUCAACAGUGAAUCAGAGGAGAGACUUCCUCUUCACGGCAAGGCAAAUGAAGAGUCUGGGUAUAUCCCUCCUUACAAAGGGGAGUUGGUAAUUUCAAUAAAAUAUAUUCCAAGUACCAAAAGCGCUCCUGCAGACACGAGUAAGGGUAAGAAAGCCACAAGAUCAGUAGAGGGUGGAGAGCUCCAGGUGUGGAUUAAAGAGGCCAAGAACCUUGCACCAAUGAAAGUAGGAGGAACUUCAGACACCUUUGUCAAAGGGUACCUUCUCCCGUUCAGAACCAAAACAUCCAAGAGGAAAACUCCUGUGAUGAAGAAGACGUUGAAUCCUCACUACAACCACACCUUUAUGUACAAUGGCAUAAAAUCCGAGGAUUUGCAGCAUAUUUGUCUGGAAUUGACCGUCUGGGAUAGAGAGGCCCUGUCAUCCAAUGACUUUCUUGGAGGAGUCCGUCUUGGAGUUGGAUCAGGAACAAGCAAUGGGCAGCAGGUGGAAUGGAUGGACUCAACCGGAGAGGAGAUCAACAUUUGGAGCAGGAUGACCCAGUAUCCUGGCUCCUGGAUUGAAGGAACUCUGGCACUUCGUCCAGAUAUGACAGGAAAUAUAUAGGCAACAGAUUUGGGUCAAACAUUACAUUUGUAAAGUGUGAAAGUGGAAUAAUGUUAUCAAACUUUAAGUGCCCUAGCACAUAUUGAUAUUUGAUUCUGAAAAUAAAUCCAUACAACCUUUUCUACCAAAUUGUCCUCGAGAAAUCAAAUAUAUUUAAUUUACUCAAGAACUAGUCACAUCUUCCCGUCCCCACCAUUUUCUGCUUUCCACUGAUUUAUCGCUCCGUUCCUCUGUGGUUCACUCAUCCUUCCCCACCCAAUCCUCCUCCUCCCCAGGUACUUUCCCCCACAGCAGCAGGAGAUGCAACACCUGUCUCCACAUCUCUUCCCUCAUCUCUGUUUAGAGACCCCAAAAGCACUUCCAGGUGAGGUAGAUGUUUACUACUACCACCUCCUCCAAUCGCUAUUGAAUUUGAUGCUCUUAAUGUGCCCUCCUCUACAUAGGUUCGAUCAAUUACAGACUGGAUGAUCUCUCCUCCAGGCCCUGCUGGAGCUCCCAGUUGCUACUCAUUUUCAUUCUCCUUCCUAAAUCUAUACCGACCUUUUAGUUUUCGGCCAUCUCCACUGUCGGAGUGAGGACACAAAAAAAUUGGAAGAAAACACUUUGAAUCCUGCUUGAGUACCAUACGCCCAAUUGUAUGAACAUUGAGUUUUCUAAUUUCAGGUUAACCCCGCCCGUCUCAUCUAUCCUGUCCCUCCCCCUUACACACCUUUUUUCUCCCAUUCCCUCUGUCCCCUUCACCCAAUGUAUUUCCUCUCCUCCAUCCACUCCUCUUCCACUGCUUCUUGCUCAAUGUCGCCUAUUUUCCAAUUCCCCUUCCUCUAUUUCCUUCUCAGUUACUAUCUCCACCCAUCUGUCCCCACCUAACUUAUCUGCCAAUCACCCCCUCGCCUGAUUCCACCGAUCACUUGCCAGUUCUUGCUCCACCCGUUUCCCACAUAUCUCCCUAACACCUUUCACCCCUCUACUUCACCAAUCUAAGAAGGGUCCCGACCUGAAACGUCAUCUAUCCACAUCCCCCCAGAGAUACUGCCUGGCCUGCUGAGUUCCUCUUAUGGUUUGUUUUUUGCUUUGUUAAUUCUUCUGGUUGACUAUCCAAGAUAUGAAAAUAUAACGUAUAGCACAGGAGCAGGCGUGUAGACCCACAAUGCUGCAUUGAACAUAAUCUCUACUCCCUCCCUACCUAUCUGCCUAUCUAAAAGCCUCUUUAAUGCCACUAUCAUAUCUGAUUCCACCACCAUCACUGGCAGCGUAUUACAGACACUCAUCACUGUAACUUUCUGCCAUUGACCUUAAAGCUCUGUCUUCUAGUCUUUGACAUUUUAUCCUGGGAAAAAUAGAUUCUGAAUGUCUACCUCAUCUCUGCCCCUCUUAAUUUUAUACUUCUAUCAGCUCUCUGCUCAACCUCCAACAUUUCAGAGAAAACAACCCUAGUAUGCCUAACCUCGCCAUAUAGCUAAUACUCCUAAUCCAGGCAGCAUUUCUCCAAAGAUGCCUGCCUGCCUGCCUGCUGAGUUACUCCAGCACUGUGUCUUUUUUUGUGAACCAGCGUCUGCAACUCUGAAGAAUGGUCUCGACCCGAAACAUCAUCCAUUCCUUCUCUCCAGAGAUGCUGCCUGUCCUGUUGAGUUACUCCAGCUUUUUGUGUCUAUCUUCGGUUUAAGCCAGCUUCUGCAUUUCCUUCUUACACAUCUGCAAAUCCUUUCUCUGCAUUAAUCUCAUCUGCACCUAUCCAAAGCCUCCACCUCCUUCCUAUCAUGGAGCGACCAAAACUGCACACAACACUCCAAAUGCAACCCAACCAAAAUAUUGUAAAUCUGCAACUGACUUCCUUACUCUUUAGAUUAAUGCCUUGACCAAUGGAGAGAAGCAUGCCUUCUUGGAGGGAACCACUCCCUAUAUCUGUUUCCACUUUCAUGGAACUAUUGGGUUGGAUGCUGAGAUCCCACUGUACAUCAAUACUGUUAAGGCUCUUGCCAUUAACUUUAUACUUUGGACCUCCCAAAAUGUAACACCACACAUUUGCUUGAAUUUAUCUCCAUCUCCAUCUAUCAUUUCUCCACCCAUAUCUGCAACUGAUCUAAAUCCCAUUGAAUCCUUUGACAGCUGCCUUCACUGCAUAUGACAUCAAAAUUAAUGGAGUUGUAGACAAACUUACUAACUAAUGCAUCUACAGGUAACCCUUGCCUCAUGUGUUACCUUUCUGCUUCUGUUGCGGGGUCUCUAUCCAAAAUAUUGACAAUUCCUUCCCCCACAAAUGCCGAGUUACUCUAGCAACGUUAUUUGCUCAGGAUUUGUGUCUCUAUAGAUUUUGGGCACUUUGCCAACACAUUGAAGAAGAUAUGACCCAUCUCCAUCAAUGGCCUGAAGUUACCAGGUAGAUCCCCAGCCCUGAAUGAUUUUAUCACUUGCCCAACUCUAGUCCACAAAAGCAGCCUUUCCAGACUGAUUUGUGGGACAAUUUAUUACCAGCAGAUGGCACUGAUUUGCAGCCCAACAUAACUGAGCUGUGCUUUAUUAAAGCACCUGUGAGUUUGUGGACUGGAGGACCAAGACUGCUAUAAUCAAUCAAUGGUCCACAGCACGGGCUGAGUGGGGUACCAGUGUAAGUUUAGAAUAAGAUACAUUAUGAUAGGCUGAUACAGAUCAUAUCCUUCUGCCUAAUCAUCACCACGAAGAGCGUCAAGCUAGAGAAUUUAAAUGCAAAGCAAUAAUUUCAAAAACUAUUAGGUACAAAUUCAUCUUUUGCUAAAAUACAUGCUUUGGUGCUCUAUGCAUUUUGAACUUCCAUUUCUUAAUUAAUAAAAUAGACAUACUAAGACUGCAACUUGUCGGCUCUAUUUCGGUCCUCAAGCAUCAAAAAUACAUUCUCAUAUUUUCUUUUUCAAAAUACUGAAAAUAAUUGUAAGUUUUGAAAAGAUGUAAAUUUGAAAGCAAAAGACCAGCUUAACAAUCCAUUGAUAAGGAUGGGUUGCUGGAAUUGUUCAUACAAGCUCUCUACCCAAGAGGAAGUGUAGGAUAUUCGAAGGUUUUACAAUCAUUGUACAAAUUAAACAAUUUAAAAAAUAUGAAAUAUGAAUGAAAGGCACUGGAGGUGUUUUGCAAACACACAUAAGUACGUACAAACCUCAUGCAUAUGACAAUGGGACAAAUUUUUCUCCAUGUUGAUUUAAUAAAUGUUUAUCACAUUAA